CUAGACCUCAUAUACAGGUUUAUAAACUUAGAAGACUAUGAAGGAGGCUUUGAACUAUCAGGUGUUGAGCAGAUAUUCUCAAGUAUCGAAUCCAACUACGAGGAAUGGACUUCAAGCUUUGCUGCUCUUGUAAUUGAUCCAAUUGAUCCUGAAUCUGUCGAAAAGUUUGAGAAAUCUUUGAAAAGAAUGAGACCUGAAGUUGCACUCACCUUGGCUAAAACUGUUUUCUCGAUCGAUUACCGGGACAUGCUCGAGAAAGUAACAACCCCGUGUCAUAUCAUCCAAACAAAAAAUGACAUUGUCGUUCCAAACUCUGUGCCUAAAUACAUGCAGAGCAAAAUCAAGGGUGAAAGCAGGGUGAAGAUUAUCGACACCACGGGUCAUUUUCCUCAAUUAACUGCACAUCACGAAUUCGUGGAAGUGCUUGAUGCAAUCUUGGCUGAUAAAUAACAAUCUCAACUCUUCCAGUUUCUGUUUUCUUUGUCUUAAAGUUAUGCAAGUUUUCUUUUCUCUUUAUUUGUAAAAUUAAGCUAUUUGGACAUAGCGUUGAUGUUGUGGAUUGGACUGGAUGUGAUUGUUCCUUAGGUUUGCUACAGAACAUCUCUAGUUUUGUUACUUUUCCUUGUUUGUUUUGGAUGCAUGUUGUCGCCUUCUAGAAUCCAAUAAUGGUUGUAGACUGUAUAUUUGAGAUGA